AGUUGGAGUUUUAUAAAGAGGACUGGUAAGUGAAAAGAGCUGUAGGCAAGAGCCCCUUGCCUAGCUGUGCUGUCUCAGGCUCCCAGAAAUCUGAGGUCAGAGAGCACAGACAGCCUCUGGAGCUCUUGUCUGCAGGGAUCAUGUGGUGGCAGCUGUGGCUGGGCUUCUUACUCCCCAUGACAGUCUCAGGCCGGGCCCUGGGACCUGCAGAGGAGUCAGCUGUGGAUUACCUGUUGCAGUAUGGGUACCUGCAGAAGCCUCUAGAAGGACGUGAUAACUUCAGGCCAGAAGAUGUCACAGAGGCUCUGAGAGCUUUUCAGGAAGCAUCUGAGCUGCCAGUCUCAGGUCAGCUGGAUGAUGCCACAAGGGCCCGCAUGCGGCUGCCUCGUUGUGGCCUGGAGGACCCCUUCAACCAGAAGACCCUCAAAUACCUAUUGCUGGGGCGAUGGAGAAAAAAGCACCUGACCUUCCGCAUCUUGAACCUGCCCUCCACCCUCCCACCCCACACAGCCCGGGUGGCCCUGCUUCGAGCCUUCAAGUAUUGGAGCAGUGUGACCCCCCUGACCUUUCGGGAGGUGCAAGCUGGCCGGGCUGACAUCCGCCUUUCCUUCCAUGGCCGCCAAAGCCCAUACUGUUCCAAUACUUUUGAUGGGCCAGGGAGGGUGCUGGCCCAUGCUGACAUCCCUGAGCUGGGCAGUGUACACUUCGAUGAAGAUGAACUCUGGACCGAGGGGACCUAUCGGGGGGUGAACCUGCGCAUCAUUGCUGCCCAUGAACUGGGCCAUGCCCUGGGACUUGGCCACUCCCGAUACACCCAGGCACUCAUGGCCCCUGUCUAUGCUGGAUACCGUCCCUACUUCGAGCUGCACUCAGAUGACGUGGCAGGGAUCCAAGCUCUCUACGGCAAGAAGAACCCAGAGACAAGGGAUGAGGAAGAAGAGAUGGAGGUGCCCACUGUACCCCCAGUGCCCAGAGAGCUCAGUCCCAUGCCAAGCCCCUGCAGUGGUGAACUGGAUGCCAUGAUGCUGGGGCCCCAUGGGAAGACCUAUGCUUUCAAGGGAGACUACGUGUGGACUGUGACAGAUUCAGGGCUGGGCCCCUUGUUCUUAGUGUCUGACCUUUGGAAUGGGCUUCCAGGAAAGCUGGAUGCUGCUGUCUACUCUCCUCGAACACAGUGGAUUCACUUCUUUAAGGGAGACAAGGUGUGGCGCUACAUUAAUUUCAAGAUGUCUCCUGGUUUCCCCACGAAACUGAAUAAGGUAGAACCCAACUUGGAUGCAGCUCUCUAUUGGCCUGUCAACCAAAAAGUGUUCCUCUUUAAGGGCUCUGGCUACUGGCAAUGGGACGAGCUGGCCCCAAAUGACUUCAGCCGCUACCCUAAACCAAUCAAGGAGUUGUUUACUGGAGUGCCAAACCAGCCCUCGGCUGCCAUGAGCUGGCGAGAUGGCCGAGUCUACUUCUUCAAGGGUGUAAAGUACUGGCGCCUCAACAGGCAGCUUCGAGUAGAGAAAGGCUAUCCAAGAAACACAGCCCACAACUGGAUGCACUGUCACCCUCACACCCCAGGCACUACCUCAUCAGCAGGGGACACCACUCCCUUGGCCAUGGAUACCAGCACCAAUGCUGACACAGUCUUGGAUGUCACUUCCUCAGCCACAGACUCCACCAUGCUUUCACUACUUGCUAAUGUCACCUUUCCGGAGGCCUAAGAUGGAAUCACAUGUCUGUUUCUUAGAGCUAUAGCAGGGUCAUAAACCAGAUUUCUGGCCUCUAAAAGUUUCAACUCCAGCCACUACUCUCCUGUGCUCUUUCUCUCCAGAGAGGUGCCUCCUUUAUCGUGAUUCAGCCCCUACUCCACCCAGUUUCUUCUCAUUUUAGAUAGUCUUAGAUAGCACUUCCAACUGUGUCAUCUCCUCUCUGGAAGACAGUGGUGGAGCGAUGUGUCAAUCAGGCCUUUAGCUGACAGGAUGCAGCAGCCAAGGAAGCUGGAUACCUGGGCCUUGUUUAUCCUAGAUAAAGUGCAAGAAAAUAUGAUGGCCAGUAAAAUGAGCAAGGCUCUGGAAUCCUCGAGAAUCACAUUUGCUUGCUUGUGACUUUGGACAUGUUAAUUAACCUCACUGACUCCUGGAUUCCCCAUUAGUAAAGUAAAUAUCAAUUCUGCAUGGUUGUUGCAUUUAUUGAAAUACCAUGUAUAUGUGAAGUGUCUGGCACAGAGUCUGGAUCGUUUGUGGUUAAUAAAGGCUAAUUCUGUGUUUCUAA